UGUGGCCCCGUGAGAGAGUUCGAGGCGAGAGGGUGCCGCGGUGCGACCGCGGACAGCGCGCUAGCUAACGUCAACGCUCCGCUAGCAAGAGCGCUGUGUGCAGGUCCGCCCCUGCACGGGGACACGUCCGGUGGCUCGGACCCGACCCGACGUGACGUCUUCAGGCGCCUACAGAGCCACAAACCCGCUCAACAGAGACACAGACUGGAGCAGCAUCCAAGCCUUCUGCGACCAGCUCAACAAUGAUCUGGAGGGACCUCAGCUGGCCACCAGGCUACUGGCCCACAAGAUCCAGUCUCCACAGGAGUGGGAGGCCAUGCAGGCGCUGCUGGUCCUGGAGACGUGCAUGAAAAAUUGUGGGAAAAGGUUUCACAGUGAAGUGGGGAAGUUCCGUUUUCUUAAUGAACUCAUCAAGGUAGUUUCUCCAAAGUACCUGGGCUCACGGUCACCAGAGCCAGUAAAAAAUAAGGUUUUGGAGUUAAUCUAUAGCUGGACACUGGGGUUGCCUGAGGAGGCCAAGAUCUCAGAUGCCUAUCAGAUGCUGAAGAAACAAGGUAUAAUCAAACAAGACCCAGAGCUACCACCUGACAAACUAUUGAACCUUCCUCCGCCAAGACCCAAGAAUGCCAUUUUUGAGGACGAGGAGAAGUCAAAAACGCUGUCCCGCCUGUUGAAUAGCUCGCACCCCGAGGACUUGAAAGCCGCCAACAAUCUUAUCAAGGAAAUGGUCCAAGAGGAUCAGAGGCGAGCAGAGAAGGUGUCCAAGCGGGUGAACGCCAUUCAGGAGGUGAAGGAGAGCGUUGCUCUGCUGACUCAGCUCCUGCAGGACUACGACAGCGCUGCAAGCAAUCUGAGCAACGCUGAGCUCCUACAGGACCUGUACCAGCGCUGUGAGAAAAUGAGACCUACGCUGUUCCGACUGGCAAGUGACACGGAGGACAACGACGAGGCUCUGGCGGAGAUCCUGCAGGCAAACGACAGCCUGACUCACGUCAUCAACCUCUACAAGCAGCUGGUGAAGGGGGAGAUAGUUAAUGGCAACAACACAUUGAACACACAGAAACAAACAGGAGGAGGCUCUGCGCUGGUCGAUCUGUCGGGGUUGGACUCGUCUCCCCAGUCGCCUCCAUCCUUCCCAGAGUUUCCCACUCCGACAGACAGCCUCAACGCCCCCUCACAGGAGAUGGGAAUAAGUCUCCUUGACGACGAGCUCAUGUCACUCGGUUUGAGUGAAGGAACACACACCUCUAACCCUCCCUCACAGCCCGAGGACUCGACAGCCUGGGACUCCUUCCAGUCCUCUGACAGCAUAGAGGCCGACAUCCCUUCAGCACCGAGCCUCCUCCUGAGCCCCGACCCGCCCUCCCACUCCCAGCCCCUUUCGUCUGGCUCCACCCCUGGCAACUCUGCCCUGGAUGAGCUCGACCUGCUUGGGAAGACACUGAUGCAGCAGUCGCUACCUCCAGAGGGCCUGCAGGUCAAAUGGGACAAGCAGCAGUUCAAACCAACCCUCAGAGAUCUCCAGAGCAAGUGUGGGGCCAACAUAAGCCCAAACCCCAUCCCAGCCUUCUCCUCUGAACACUCUGCACCUCUCAGCUCUCAGCCCAGCCUCGGAUCGACGCUGCUGGAUAUGACCCAGACUCACACAGACUCCCCUGCUGCUGAUAUCACCCUGACCGACGUUUUUGUACCGCUAGAAUCCAUUAAGCCCAGUAGUCUGUUACCUGUGACUGUGUUUGACAAGCACAGUCUGCGGGUCCUCUUUCACUUUGCUCGCGACUCGCCCACGUCUCGUCCUGAUGUGCUGGUGGUGAUCAUCUCCAUGUUGUCCUCGGCCCCUGUCCCCGUCACCAACAUAAACUUCGAGACGACAGCUCCAAAGACUAUGGCAGUGAAGCUGCAGCCGCCAUCAGGAACAGAGCUGCCUGCUUUCAACCCCAUCCUCCCUCCUGCUGCCGUCACACAGAUCCUGCUGCUGGCAAACCCAAACAAGGAGAAGGUGCAGCUCCAGUACAGACUGACCUUCACCAUGGGAGAGCAGGAGCACAGCGAGAGCGGCAGUCUAGAACACUUUCCUCCUCCGGACACGUGGGGGAACCUAUAGCAUUUGAACACAACCCCAACCGGACAGACUCUGCCUUCAUAUUCGGCUCUCCUUCUAAACCAACACCCCAACCCUACACUGCAUACGCCCAUUUUCCUUUCUAAUCACAUCGUACUUUCUUUGAUUGGUGUCGAUUGUUUUCCUUUGGACUACGCUCAUGCUCGGUCCGUGAAAUGUGUCUCCCCGCUUUGCUCUAAACGAGUCUCGUCUGUUGUAUGUGGCCGCUUCAAAACGAAAACCUGCGACUCCUUCCUCCGAGUUGUUGCAGUCCGGCCAUCUUUUAAACAAAUAGUGACACAAAGGAAGAAAACGACAACAAACGUUUGGACGUUUGCUCAUUUGGUGUGCUCUCUUUUUUUGCUUUUUUCCUUCAGCUAGGACAGUUCUGUUGACCUUCAUCUCUGCAUGCUUUGCCAACACGGGACAAAAUGCUCGUGAAAUCCAGCACACCAGGAGGGGGAGAGCAUGAUCAUUACAUAGACAGCUCGUUUUAGUUUGAAAAACAAAGCUCUACAUAGUGUGACCUCUGUUUUUGUGUGAAUAAUGGUUAUUUUGUUUGCAAGGACUCCACCUAUUUGAUUUGCACAGUAUGAUUCUUUUCAAUGGUAGUUUCACUAUUUUUUUCUUCAUCUUAUGUAAAAAAACAAACUACAGCAUCAGAGUUGCGUAUUAUCUGCCAUAUGUGCCUAUUUUUCCGUUCAAACUUUACUUAGUCUUUUGGAUGGAUUUUGUUCAUCUCGUGUGUUACAUGUCAGUCAUAUUGGCUCUGUAGUUUGUCAGCUGCAGUAUAACCUUAAAUUCUUCAUAUAUAUUCAAAAUAUUUUCCAGUGGGAUGAAUAUUUGAUUUUGCCAGAUCUUUUCUUUAACUUGUGAUUUAGGUUAUGAUGUAUGAUUUGAGCAUAUGCAAACCGAACUGCACUCGGGCUCGAGCCCAGUGUCUGUCUCAGACAUGCCCGACUUGUUUCUAACCAUGUGCAAUGCAUGUUGGCCACGCCGAUCACUUCCUCCCCCCCACAGGCUCUCCACAUUCCACUGCACCAACCUCCGAUAUGACUGCUUUGUAAAUACCAACGAUGGCAGUUCUGUUGUGUACAUUUGUGCAAGAGUAUAACACUGGUAAAAUAUUCCAAAUGGGUAAUAAAGUUGUUUUUUUUCUUGGUGA